AUGACGGCCGAGCUGGACAAGACCCCCAGUGCCACGGGCAAGCCCGUCGACGACUACACCGAAGACGAAGCCUGGCAGGCAGAGCAGUCCCAGCUGUACACCGAGGGACAGCAUGCCCUCGGUUUCUGGGACGCUGUCAGGCUGUACAAGCCAGCUGUCCUGUGGUCCGUCGUGAUCAACAUUGCUGUCAUCCUCAAGGGCUUCGAUGGGGCUCUCGUCGGCAGCAUCGUCGCGUUGGACCCCUUCAAGAGGCAAUUCGGCUAUGAGUACAACGGUGAGUACGUGAUCAGUGCAGCCUGGAACGGCGCCUUCAACUAUGCCAACAGCAUUGGAGGCGUCAUCGGUGCUCUCUUCUCUGGCUGGGUGUAUGAUCGAUUCGGGCCAAAGAUUACUCUGGCCGCCUGCUCUGUGCUCUCAAUCGCGUGCAUCUUCAUGGAGUUCUUUGCGACAACCCCCGUCGUCCUCUUCCUGGGUUGUCUGUUCAACGGCACCGUCAUCGCCUUCUACCCCAUCGUCGCCUCAGCCUACAUCGGCGAGGUCUGCCCGCUCGUCCUCCGCGGCGUGGCCGGGUCAAUGGUCAAUCUGGGCUUCGUCGUCGGCCAACUCAUCGCCUCGGCCGAGCUCAAGGGGACAAAUAGCCUCGAUACCGAAUGGGCCUACCGCAUCCCCUACGCCUCGCAAUGGGCGCCAGCAGUGCUCAUCCUCGUCUUUGUUGUCUUUUGCCCGAAUUCGCCCUGGUGGCUCGCGCGCAAAGGGCGCCCCGACGCGGCGAAAAAGGCGCUAAAGCGAUUUACCUCGUCUUCGUCCAAGAUUGACAUCACGCCCACGUUCGCGAAUAUCCAGCAUACUCUCCGCCUCGAAGCGCAGCUGACGAAACACCACAACUACCUCGAUUGCUUCCGGGGCCCCGACCUGCGCCGGCUGAUCAUCGCCGUAAUGGUCUAUAGCAUCCAGCCGCUCUCCGGUCAAGUGCUCUACGUGAACUAUGCAGUCCAGUUCUUCGAGCGCGCAGGCCUCGACCCCUCGGACGCCUUCUCCAUGAAUGUUGGCCUUACAGCAACCGGCUUCGUCGGCACCAUUCUCGCGUGGCCCCUCAUCUCGAAACUUGGCCGCCGCCCACUCUACAUCUGGGGGACGCUCGCCAUCGCGCUCCUCCUCUUCCUCAUUGGGAUACUCGAUAUAAUCCCACAGGCCCGCGCGGGAAGCACCAACACAGCACCAAUCUGGGCCCAAUGCUCCCUCAUCCUCCUCUGCUUAUUCAUCUACGAUAUAACAAUCGGCCCUGCAUGCUUCACGAUCCUAACCGAGAUCCCGUCUGUGCAGCUGCGCGGAAUGACGAUCGGAUUGGCCACGGUGUCCUGCCAUAUUUGGAACAUCAUCUUUGCGGUUAGUAUCCCCUAUGCGAUUAGUCAGGAUGAGGGCGAUUGGAGGGGGAAAGUUGGGUUUCUGUUCGCGGGGAUUGCGGUUGUCUGCGCGGCGUGGUGUUGGGGGUUUUUGCCGGAGACGAGGGGGAGGACGUUUGAGGAGUUGGAUAUUUUGUUUGAGAGGGGGGUUCCGGCGAGAGAGUUUGGGGGCUAUGUGUUGGAGAGUGGGGAGGGAGAAGAGAGACGAGGUGAGGGUGUGUGA